ACUCCGGUACUUACCACAUGCACAACAAAUUAGCACAUACUGACCACAUACAAUGCAUAUAACAUAAUUGUGGCUUUCUAUACGAGUAAGAUGCUUGCAUCUCAGAUGGCAUCAACAUAUUUGCACCACAAGUUAGGGGGGUGGCAGUUCCUGUCUGUCCGUGAGAAAGUCUGCUCACCUGCUUAAUGUUCAUUUUACUAGUGCCAAACAUUUAAUAUCUACAAGAUAAUAGUAAUGUUGAAAAACAAAAUAAAUUGUGAAAUGUACAAGGAUUAAAAUAAUGCUGGUAUUGACACUUUUUUCUUUUCCACACCAAGAUAAUCAGCUUUCAUUAUAGCAAGGGGAGGAGACAGGAGAGCCGGAAGCUGCUACUUUUGGAGUAUGUUUUAACUACUGUACGAACCUGUAAUGUAGUACUUCAAAUUUGUCUGAGCUGCAAGGAUCUGCCAACAUGGUGCAUCCAGAACAUCCAAUCUUUGAAUCCACCUUGCUGAAUAAGCUGACUUCUGGCAGUGCAUUUGCAAUUGCUUUUAUAUUUCUUGUUUUUCAGUACACUUUCAAACUGGACUUUCAGUGCCCAUGUAAUGAUUUUUAUCAGUGGUUCUGCGGACUAUAUAUUGGUCUUCCAUUUAUCGGACUUUUUUUAAUACUGACCUUAACCGCUAAAACAUUUACAAUUAUUUCUGCACUGUGGUGUUCUUGUAUACGUGCGUUAUGGUCCCAUGAAGACUGCACACUUGGGAACAUUCUCCAUGUAUCCUGCUCCUGUUCAGCCUGCUCUCGUGCACGUUUCUAUCAGGCAUGCAGAAGAUUUUCCUGUAAAAAUUUUAUGAGAAACCUGUUUCUUUCUGCGUUAUGGAUCAUAACAGUUUUGAUUGAUGGUGACGCUGUGGUGUGCUGGAAUCUGACAGAAGAAAACAUCACCCGAACAAACGAUCAAAUUCCUUGUAAAGAGAGCAACAAACUUACUGCUGAAGAAUCUGACAAGAUUAAAUAUUAUCAGGCUCUAUCACAGGCGUUCGGGUUGGGAUUCCUUUUUGCUCUACCAUUAUUGUGGCUGUUGGUUUCUACAUGUUGUCAGUUUUGCACAACAUCCUAUUACAAGUCUCUAUUUGAAGACAUAUAUGAAGAGGAGACAAUAAGAUAUGCGGAGGAGGAAAUCCGAGAGAGAGUGAAAACAAGUUCUAAAAAAAAAAUUAUUAAUGUUUUAAAUGUACCCGAAAAUGAUGGUUUAGACUGGACAUACUUGUCUAACCAAAUGAUUGACUUAAUCAUGUCAAGAAACUCUGAAUCAAUGAAUGGACCACCCCAGAACCUUCCUCAGCAAGACCAGAACCCUUCUCUGCCACCCCAGAACCUUCCUCAGCAAGACCAGAACCCUUCUCUGCCACCCCAGAACCUUCCUCAGCAAGACCAGAACCCUUCUCUGCCACCCCAGAACCUACAUGCAGCAUUGAAACAGCAUUGA